AAUGGAAAGUCCGAAUGCUCCAAUUGCGGCGCUACGUCGACGCCUCUGUGGAGAAGAGACGCCAACCUCAAGUUGCAGUGCAAUGCCUGUGGGCUCUAUCUAAAGCUUCACAAGGCCGAACGUGUCGCCAAACAAGCAGCAGGCGAGAGCAGCGGCGCAACCAACACCUCGAAUGGAGGGGACGAAUGGAUCGGCAUACACGCGGGCGCCUCGUGUGCAAAUUGCGGAACAUCCACCACACCCUUGUGGAGGAAGGAUCCCGAUGGGAGAAUCAUUUGCAACGCUUGUGGUUUGUACUACAAGCUUCACAAUGCGCAUCGACCUGUGACGAUGCGCGCUGAUGUGAUUCGCAAACGCACGCGU